CAAACUAAACCGGCGCGCGCCGCCUAGAGUUAUAGACUCCGCCUACGCGCGCUGAGCCGACCAAUGUCUGCACCCGCAGACGUGGACGCGCCUACUAGCGUGUACGCGCAUGAGCCAAGAUCUCUGGACUUUCUUUGCUGGAACACGAACGUAAGUAUAGAUUUAUUGAUUUAUUGCUACAUUCGCAGUAAAGAUCGGCCUUUGUGUUUCCAUAAUCAUUUAUGUAUGAUUGUAAUGACGUUGUUUGAUAUUAGGACUAGCAGUAAAACUUUAUAUUCUGUAAAAAAAGGCUUUUAUUUCCAGCGCCGCCUCCCAGAAUGCUUUGCAUGGGGACGUGCGUCUGACGUCACGUAUUCAGAAAAUUCGAAAUGGCUGCACGUGGGAGGUGAGGCCCGAGCGAAGAAAAGUGGAAAAGAGUGUUAUUCGUCAAAAAACCCACACGACGACGGUCAUUUUUUCGCCGUGCUAUUGUAAAAUUGUCUUUUAUCUGUGUUUUAACUUAGGCUAUCUUUUGUUAGACGCUGUGAAUGUGUGUAGGUUACAUGCUACGAUAUUCCACAUAUUUCCAACUGGUUGAAAUGAAAGCGUAUUACUUUAUUGUCAGUGUUGUUUAGGCCCAGGUCGCUAUUACUUCGUUAUAACAACGUAACGUUAACAGAGUGGAAACAGCCGUUCUUUGCUAUUAAUAUGAGUGUGUAUUAUUUCUUUCUUUGUUCUUUAGUGGAGCUCGAGAUCCUGUUUACUGUGGACUAGCUGUGUGUGACGCCAUGUUGUUUUUGUUUCCAUUACAAAAAAAAAGCUCCACCGUCUCGCCGAGUGCCAGCAAGAGUCAUGAGUACUUGUCAACUCGACUCCUCAACUGGAGAUAACUUUCUAGCACCUCACCAUGGGGAAGGAUGUAUUCAUAUGCCUUCACCAGCACCUGCAUUAAACAUGCAUAGAGUUACACAAGUUCUUACCACCUUGGGGCACCAUUCAGGGUGCCUUUUCAUCUGAUUAAAUUUAUAAUGAACAGGGACAUUGCGGUUGUCCCAAGUGGAUGGUAUGAUGACAGGAUGGUUUUCUGGCCCAGCUAUAAAAACACCGACAGAAUUGAAAGGGCAGCUUUAAAUGAGGAGCAGCAUGAGCCAAACUGGCCAAGAUUUGACGUUUCUGUUGUCCGAACUUGUGACAACUACAAAGACGCAUUAAAAAUAAUGCAACAAUAUGGAAAGGGCUGCGACACCUCAGACCUGCAAUCUGAGGCAGAGAACGAGGAGCUGCCAGAAAAAAGGAACAGGAAGCCAGUCCAUCGUCUCGGGGACUCAGAUGAUAGCGAAGAAGACCCGAGAAAUAGUGACCUCACAUCUCUGGGGUUGACAAGCCAAUUGCACAGGCAGACUCCACCGUCUCACCGAGUGCCAGCAAGAGUCAUGAGUACUUGUCAACUCGACUCCUCAACUGGAGAUAACUUUCUAGCACCUCACCAUGGGGAAGGACGCAUUCAUAUGCCUUCACCAGCACCUGCAUUAAACAUGCAGAGAGUUACACAAGGAACGGCAGUCCCUCCUCGACUCCCUCCACCCCCCUCACCAGCAGCCCUCAACCUGUGGCAGACAGAGGAGCCUGGAUCCAGCCUGGCCUACAGGCCAACAUGGCGAGGGGGAAGAAUGGCCGACAACAUUUCCUGCUCUGCGCCUGAGGUAAUCCACAUCCUUAGCCUGCUGGAAACUAUUAAGCACAACCAAGACCAGCUGAUUGCGAAGGUGCUCUGAGUAAAAAUGUGUUGACAAGGUCAGCCACGGACGCUGAGGUCACCAAACACGCCAUCAGGUGGUUCAACUUGGCGGGGGAUCGGGCAACGAGGAGACGAGUCCCGCUUCCACCUCCUCAGGAGGAAUAGAGAUGUAUAUGUAUAAAUAAACAACCUUUUAUUGGACUUCUUGUCAUUCACCAGUUAUUCAUUU